AUGGCCGCUCAAACUGGACCUACUCCUCCCAUCGCCUUCACUCGCCUGAAGCAGAUUGCGACCGAUGCCUGCCAGAGCGCCAUCGGCAGCGUCGAGUUCUACGACCACGCGCUCACCGCGGAAUGGAACUCGUCCAUCAUCUCCUCCGUCCUGAAGGCCGUCAUUUCAGAGUCGACCCCCUCCGGCGCCGCCGCACCGAGCUUCAAGUUUGCCUGUAACUCGACGAUCGUGCAGCACCUCGUCCCCACGUCGUCGCUCAACAAGUCCAAGGGCACCGAGGCUUCGUCCGAGGAGCCUCACAUUUCGACCUCGACCGAGGCAGCACCCACCGCCACCGACGGCAAGCCCCAUGUCGGCCGCCGCGGCAUGCACUCUUCGACCGGCGCGUUCUGGGACGAGAAGAAGGACGGCAUGUGGUCCUACAAGUACGACGGCGGCGAGGGCAAGGGCAUGGACGUGGUCAUCAUGCUCAUCUGGAUCGCCAUCUGAGCGCCCCUCGCGGCUCGCUGUCUCCGGUAACACGCGCCAGUUCGUGCGUCCUGUUCCGGAUGACAGGGCAACCGCCGAAAGCACCAGCGCGAGGCCAUGUCCUCGCCGAGAGAAGAAGGGGCGGUAGGGGUCCCCCACCGCUGCCGCCCUAGGAGAAGAAUGAGCAGCGCAUUACGAGCGCCUGCCUGCGGAAUGUGGACGAUUUGACGAAGCCAUGGACAGUCAGCAGAUACCCCCUUUUUGACGAAGCAUGGCACGAAGGACGGGACAAGAUGAGGUUGAGCAGGCUCGUCGGAGCUUGUUUGUCUUUCUCUUUUUUUUUUGGCCUAUGCAAUCGAGAGUAUACGGCUUUGAAUCUAUCUCGAUCCUAAGGCCAUUGAUUUCACGGGUGAAAAGGAAAAGGGGGGCAGGGGAGGUGGUCUUGCCAUGUCACGACGCUGCUUUUCACAUUGUUGUACAUCCAUCCUAGCCGGGAGUUUGCGAACGUCUAAUGAACCACGGAUGCUUCUUGUUU